UAUAUCUCUCCAGAAUAUCAUCAACCUUUCUGUUGACACAUCCAGGCUAUUUGUUCAGGAACAGUCCUUAUCUCAGUGUUUCUAUAUACAUUAAUCAACGGACAAUCAAGAAUAUAAUUUCAAGGUUGAGAGACAUUUUGAUGAAAAUGUGUUCUUUAAACAGCACAUAUGUGUGUGGUGUUGUAUUGGACAUACUGUACUGGACGAAUUAAUGGCUAGUGUAUUGUGAGAAUGUUUUAAGAUAUAAGGUAAACAGAUUGUGAAUGCUUAUUGAAAAAAUAACAUAGUUCAGCUAAGGCUUAAGAGAGGUAAAUAAUAAAUCUGAAAAUUUAAUACAAAAAACUAUUACUGUACAGUAUUUAAAUACAUUUGACAAUUUUUUUUUUAAUUACUGUAUUGGACUUAAACAAUUGAGGCCAGACACUUGGGGCAAGCCUAACUAAACUUUGCAGGGUGACAGGUGGUCGUUUGGGGAUGGUCAUAUGUGGGUCAGGGUCGAACUGCAAGUCCUCUCUUUGCAUGAAAUGGCAAAUGAUACCAAUUUCCAAUCUUGAUAAAUGCCAAAUUCCAUCCUCAUUAAGAUUCAUCCAGCAUAUUAUUUUCUACGUGAUUAAAUGUUAGUUUGUCUUGUCGUUUGUUUACUGAAGACAAUGAUGUGUUAUUGUGGCAAAUGUGAAGAAAAGGAAAAGUGAAGGAGAGGGAAGGUUAGAGUGAUGAUGGUUGCAGAUGGAGUACCAGGUUUUGCGUGAGAAGUGAUAACGUAUUGUAGUGGAAAUGGAUACAUAGGUGAUGGUUGUGCAGUAAACGUGGUUAGUGAUGAAUAGUGAAGAUGUGGACUCUUAUUACCCAAGCAACACCGUGUGUUGCUUGGUGUUUACUGUAUGUGUGUGUGUGUGUGUGUGUAAAGUAAGAGAUUCUGUAACAGCCAAAUAUUCUAUAUGGUUCCAGUAACAGGGACUAGCCAAACCCCAUUAUAACCAUUUAAUUUAUAAUAAUUUAAACUUGAAAGAACAGUGGAAAUCAUUUUAAUUUAAAGGAUUUUUUUUAAUACCCCCAAAUAAUAAAUGCAUGUUACACACGCCCUUUAGUGACGUUGAUGUCAUUUAAUAAUAGAAAAAAUAACAUUGCCUAUUAAGUUUUUAAAUUCAAAUUAAUUACAAAUUACUUAUAAGGUAAUAGCUGCUAACAGGGUGGGGGCAGCCGACGUAGGGUAAGGGGUGGUUGAGAUGGUGAGAAGUCUCAAUACAAGGUCCCAGGUGUGGUCUUUCAGUUUCUUAAUUUGUUACAUUUCUCAAGUCUUCUUGAGAGGUCUGCUUACCCAUCCUCAGUGUCCAAAUAUCAAGCAAAGUACAUCAUGCUUGGAUCUACAGUAAUUACAAAAUACAUUUUUAAUCCGUACAGAAUUCUUAAAAAUAUCAAGUCAACUUUUACUUGGGUGCUAAUAGCUUCUUAAUUUUAGAUAAGAAUUUAGUAAGAGGGCCUGGUCAGAGACUUGGUUGAGAAACUAGUGAUUCUGGAACGACUUUUAACUAGGUCAGUUAUUUCCAUACUAAGGUUGUAUUCUAAUUGGGUAUUAUUAUAUCAGUGUACGGUGCUACAGUCUCCUUGGCUUGGUGCCUUUUGACAAUUACUGUACUUAUAUUGUUCUUUUGGGUUGGUCAGCUAUCACUGCUGGGCCAGUUAAGUAUGGCAGUAUCCUCAGGUGUUGACGUUCUAAAGAGAGCAUUAUCCUAGUCUGUUACCUGCAUAUGCCAAUCAAAAACUAUUUUAAUCUAGACAAUUUUAGUUGUGGAGACGAGUUUAAUGUAGAUAUGGAUGGGUAUAAAUUAAAGUACUUUGGCCUAGCACGCUACUUUUUUUAGUUAUUCAGUGCUGCUUACAGAUUAUACAGUAUACUGUACAUGUAUGCAUACAAAUGAAUUUUUUUUAGACUUCAUUAAAUAUUUGUUCAUUCUGAUCUUAUAAAGUGUACUUUUUUAUGGCAAUAAUUAUGUACCUAAUUUAAAUAGACAACAUUAUUUUUCGUUUCUUUAGGACUACGCUGAAACUAUAUCUUAAUCAGAUACUGCAAUUUUAUCAGGAGCCAUAGUAUCUUGGCCAGAGCUUAUUUUCUCACCAGGUGACAUUCUCUUUAAUUGGUUCACAAAAUAAAGAUGAUGUAAUCGACGUCAUUGCACUGGUAGUAAGGUGGGGGAGAAUGCAGCAGGAGGUGCGCAUGACUCGCCAGGAUGAAGCUGGCAGAUUACACAGCCUCUUGCAGUUAAGCCAGCCAGUUCGCUCUACCGAAGGUGCUGUUGGCCAUGGUAAGGUCUGUUCUACAGUUCAUGGUAUGAAAUGUCUUUAUUUCCCCAGAGCUCUGAGAGCUGCCUUGAUUCCAGUGCUUGCACAAUUUUGUUUAAUUUAGGUUACCAAAUACGUAUGAUGGAGCAAUGAUUUACUUCUCCCAUCGCCCUCAGGGGAUAAGGCAUCGGUGUGCAAAUCGCCUGCUCCACCAAUUGUGUAUGGAAGCUAAUGGACACUUUGAGACCUUUGACAAUCAUUUGCCAUCUUGGAAACAACCUGAAACAACAACCUUAGUUUCCUUUCUGGGCCUUAGUAAAGUGAUGGGCACCAAGUUUGGUGCAUCACCGCCUAUUUGAUACCAUGCAAAAUUUCAAGGACUUUAAUGGAUCUGGAAAAUCUUGGUGGUGAUGAAUCUAUUACAAAUUGUUAACUUUAAAAUUAUCCCUCAAUGUUCAACUUUCUUCACCAAACUAAACUAACUUUGGUCACUAUGACCAAACUAAAAUGAAUGUAUUUUUUAUAUUUUUCCCAACAUCAGUAAGCAAUGUUUUUCUAUUUUAAAUUUUUCUGAUCAAAGGGAAAUUGACCUAACUUUAGAUAGGCAUUUAAUGAGUUGAGGCUUGACUUUGUGAACGAGAAUCUGCUGCAAAGAAAUUUUGCAGUGGCCAAACCCUUGAGAUAAAUUAUUCUUUCAGUGUAACAAGUCUUGCAUAAAAGUAUGUCCCUCUGAAAGACAGUAACUGUUCAUUCCAAAACUGCCAACAAAGCGUCUUGAGUAAAUUGACUUGUUCGGCAGAGCUUUCUAUUUAAUCGCCAUCGAAUGCAAAAUUCUAACUUAGUUUUUGACAGGAACAUCAUAGCCCAAAUUGGAAGUCAUCUGGAGUCUAGCUCACUAGGGCAGUGAUUCGCAACUGUAUUACCUUGGCAGAAUCCCCCUAAAAUAUCUGAGGAACCCUACCAAUGUAACCAUACCUGUAUAUCAAUAGUUUGUUUAUACGUUUGCUGGGGUUAAUAGCAAUGUUUUCUGGGGCUGUAGCCUAUUUCCAAGCUAAUUUUAGAAUAAGUAGAGCAUUUUAAACAACAGUGAUGACAACCUGGAUAGAAUAAUGUCUUGCAUACGUAUUUACUGUUCCAAUAUUGACAAGAAUUAUACAUGCAUAUAAAACUGCCAACGAGAACUGGAAUAUAGAAUUGUAUAGAGAGUACAAAAAAAUGGUUAUAUAGUUUAUUUUAAGGAGAUUCAACAAAUUGGUAAGUACAAUAGACCCAUUCUGAGGUGGAGACUUUCAGGGCGGCUGGUGGAUGAGAGUUGUGGGUGUGGUGGUGGUCCUGGUGCAGAGGCCGUCACCCAGCACUACUCUGGACGUCACUUGGGCUCGGCCUCCUGCAGGUCAGCAGCAACAGGAAGAGGAUGUGGUGGGUCUCCUGAGCGAGGUGGCUAGCGGGCGCCUCACUGUCUGCCACACUAUCAUCCUCACACCAACCAUCGCUUCACCUCGCCUCCACAACGUCAUUCUUGCACUGCAGCACAUCUUGACCAACACCUUCCUGACCUACGAUGUGGAGGCCUUCCUGGAGAACACCUCGCCGCCGCGACAGAUCGUCCGUCACCGCCCACCACUGUCUGACGGCACCUACUGCGUCACCUAUUUCAUCCUGGCUCCGCUCACCCUCCUCCCUCUCGCUCUCACCGCCAUACCUAAGACAAACUGGUUUCCGGGUGCUACGAGGUACUUCGUGUGCUACACAGGAAGGAGUUUAGCUAUAAGGACCCUGCAGGAAGAUCCGUUUCUUCUCGCGUCCUACAACACCCUCUACGUGAGCCACAAUGAACAUCAUGAUCCCAAGAACACCAGGUCCUGGGCUCUUGACCUCUUCUCUAACUGUCCAUUUUGUCGAGGCGGGGAGCCCGAAGUCAUCCAUCGCAACCGGUGGAGUCCUAGACGUGGCCUUCAGGAACGUUCUGACCUCUUCCCUGACCUCUUCACGGACUUUAACGGCCACAUCUUCAGGGCGGUGACCCUCAACUUCCCUCCCUUCAGCCACUACUCCGCUGGAAACUCCACCUACCCUCUCGUCAUGGAGGAUUGCCUCGAUAAACGGAUUGUUGACACUAUAGCCAAGAUCCACAACUUUACCUACCUGGUGUUUGAACCAGCAGACGGAAAGUGGGGCUACCAGCUGGACAACGGGAGCUUCACUGGGGUGCUGGGCGAGAUACAGACAAACAAGAAAGACUUCUCGCUUGAUCUCUCCAUCACGGCGGAGAGGGAGGAGGUGAUCGACUUCACCAUCGGGUACCACUGGGAGCCCCUAACCUUUGUCACCAGCAAGCCAAAGCCUCUGCCGCAGUGGUUGGCUCUAGUGCGUCCCUUCCAGAGCUACGUGUGGCUGUGUCUGCUGCUUGUGACGGCUGCUGGCGGACCUGUUCUGUGGCUUCUUCAGCGGCUCUCAGGCAAUUCCUUCCCCCUCCCCAGUGCCGUCUUCCUCGUGUUUGCCUCAAUGAUGGCACAGGGACAAAGAUGGCCAUCUAGCUCGAUGGUGCGGGUGUUUUCAGUGUUCUGGCUGCUUUUCUGUCUGGUGGCGACCGUGUGCUAUGUGGGGAACCUGACAGCCUUCCUCACAGUGCCAGCACUCUCCCCAACCAUCGACAGACUCGAGGACCUCCUUGACUCAAACUUCGUGUGGGGUAUUAACAGCUUUGGCGCUGCUGACUACCAGCUGUUCAAGACGAGCAAGGUGCCCCUCUACCAGGAGAUCUUUCGAGGGCUGACGUUCUGUCCAUCGCUGGUGGAGUGUGUCCAGCGGGCCCUGAAAGAACGAUUUGCUUUCAUCUCCUUUAAGACAUACCUAAGGGAUGCCAUUGCCAUGCAUUUCGUCGACAAGAACGGGGACACCCGGGUGUAUCUGGCUAAAGACAGCUUCUUCCCUGCAGACACAGGCUACGCUGUGCAGAAAGGGUCACCCAUGAAACGCGUGUUUGAUGGAAUUUUGAAGCGACUGCUGGGUGGUGGCUUCGUCGCCAAGUGGAUGUCGAAUCUUAUUGAACAACACACACUGACCACACGUAGGAGGGCUGCAGAGGCUGCGGGGAUGAGGGGAGAGAUGGAAGCGACGCAAGAACGGGCAAAUCUGAGCCUCACCUUAUACCACCUGCAGGGAGUCUUCCUAGUCUACACUGCUGGGCUGAUCCUGGCUGAUCUUGUUUUCAUCUGGGAGCUUGCCUUCAAGAGCCUCUCCAGAAGCAUGAGACAGGUAGGUUGAGAUCACUAAUUGCUACACCACACGGUAUUUCAUAGAUUCACAAAAGUCCAAAAUCAAAUCAAAUAAUGUAGCACUGAUGAAUUUCUCUGAGAUAGACAAAGUAGCAAAGAAUAGGUAUAGAUUGACUUAUGUAAAUAUACCAUACCAUCUCACAUUUAUGAAAGAAUGAUAUGUAAGAAAAAUCAGAAAAUUACCAACUACUCUACAACUACUGUACAAAGCGACCAUAUAAGUCAUAAAUACUCAUACUCCGCCCAAGUAAAGCAGAAACAAGCAACACUUAGUGGGCCAGCCAGAGGCUUAGGGCCUGUGCAGGAAUAUCCCUGCAAAAAAAAAAAAAAAAAAAAAUUGUACAUGUAUCUGGCUGUCACUCCCACCUUCAGCAACAAACAUCAGCAUUGGCUUCACUGACACACCAACACAUGUUUUCCAUCCUAAAUAAAUACCCAAUGCAGAUACUCAGAAUGUUUUAUUUUGUGUAUACCUUUAUCUCUGUAUACCCUUGCCUAGUUUUUGAAAGAAUCACCAGUGAAUGAGAAGUAAAUAAGUAAGUAAUUAAUCAUCAAAAGAAGACACCAACCAGGGAAGACUUAUGUAGCACAAUGUCACCUAAGAUUCAAAAGGUCCUGAAUAUCAUUCAGGAUGACAAUAUGAGAACAUAGGAACACAAGGCAAGUAGCAUCAAAGGUAUCAGAUUCUAUCAAGGUAGAAGUGACCUAGAAGAACAUUCGGAAUGCAAUAUGAAUAAUAAUCCUGAAAAUCUCGACAUUCUAACCCCAUCAUCUCCCAAGCUUGUAGUUCAGUAAUAUUUCUAGAUUAUUUGCAACUAUUUAAUGAGCACUUUGUACUUCAUAUGUUAGUGUACAUGUUACAAAUAUGCCCGGCACCUUUCAUUUAGCACUUUCAGCCUGAAUCCUCAUAAUACAAGACUAGUUCUGUCACUCAAUUUGGUUUAGAAAAAACAUAACGGGCAAACAAUGUUUAUCAAAUGCAUUUUGAAUGUUAAAUGAACAGUUUAUUUUCUUUAUAAAGUUAAAUACUGUAGUUUAUAAUGAUUUUGUGGAUAGUAAAGGCUAUUAAUAUUACACUAUAUCUUAAGACCAAAUAUAUCCUUCCAAUCUGAAGCUUUGUACAAUACCAGGCACACAUUUAGUUAUUUUUUGUUUAAAUUAUAUCGAGCAACGGUGUAGCUCAUUAAAACAUUAUGUAUAUUAAAAGUAUCUUCAGCCCUAUGUUGUAUAUGCAAUGCUUUGUUGUUUUCUUUGAGGUUCUAUCUACCAAAUUGGGCAGAGACAAACACUUGCUCUGGAAAACAAACACUUUAUUUAUGCAAUUAUUUAUAUAUUUCACAAUGAUUUUGGUACAAAUACAUGUAAUUACCUCUACCUUAAUGAAUGAUCGACAAAAUGCCAUAUGCAGGUGGUAUGACUCAUUUUGACCUGUCAACUUGUAGCCCUCCUCCCCCCAACAUCACAUGCCACAGUGUUAAUUCCCUGUUUAGUAUCAUACACUUCUAAGCAUUAGUCCCCUGACAGUCUUAAGUGAUGACAAAAGCAUUACCAUAUGGUUUCAUUAUUUCAUGCACACCCCCCUAAGCAAUAAUAGUUUUGUUUUACAAUGAAAUGGAGAGAUACCUCCAUUGCCCCCAUUAAGAUCAAUGUUUUUAUUUUCCUCCACCUGCGACUCACAAGCAGACAGGCCAGAGAAAAUUCAGUAGAUUACUAUGGAGAAGCUUCUAACAGGAUGUAUCACCGUGCAUAAGGAUGUUCCAGGUGUAGCAGAUCAUAAAGUGCUAUACCUUGGGCACCUUCAAAGUUAUAGGGCUGAGAUUGAGAACACAUAGCUUGACUGGAACGUCCAUAUGUACUUGGUUGUUUGAUAUCUAGAUUUUUUUUGGCAAUAUACAAUGAAGCCACAAGUAUAAGGUGUGCAGACUCAUUCCUAUCUGUAAUCAUAUGUGAUAAAGAGAUAUUUUUAUGUAGAUUACAUUUUACAUAACCUCCUUCAGUAGUAGGAGAUGUUUUGAUAUAUUGGCAGUUAUUAUUUCUGCAUAACAGUAACAUACAAUAUGUUGAUGCACUUCUUGCACACGAACCAU